CGUCACUUUCCCAAGCUCCCGCCUCCACGACGGCCCCAAAGAGGCCCCCCUUCUCUACAUCUUGGACUGCACUCCUCUUCCUGGUGACAACCACACUAUACCUCCCAAAGCAAACACAGACACGGCACGCUCAACAUGGACGAGAUAGCCAAGGAGUACGACGUCAUCGUCAUUGGCACCGGCUUGACCGAGUGCAUUCUCUCCGGUGUUUUGAGUGUCAAGGGCAAGAAGGUCCUGCACAUUGAUCGCAAUGACCACUACGGAGGAGAGGCCUCGUCGGUAAACCUCGAGACUCUAUUCAAGAAGUAUGGCACCCACGCCGCUGGCGAGGAGCCGUGGAAGAAGUACGGCCGCGCGAACGACUGGAACAUCGAUCUCGUCCCCAAGUUCCUCAUGUCCUCUGGCGAGCUGACCAACAUCCUCGUCUCGACUGAUGUCACCCGCUACCUCGAGUUCAAGCAAGUCGCCGGCAGCUUCGUCCAGCAGGGCGCCGCCUCCAAGGCCACCGUAGCCAAAGUCCCCUCAGAUGCCGCCGAGGCUCUGCGGUCACCCCUGAUGGGCAUUUUUGAGAAGCGCCGCAUGAAGAGCUUCAUCGAGUGGGUUGGCACCUUCGACAUCAACGACCCCGCCACACACAAGGGUCUCGACAUCAGCACGGCCACCAUGAAGGAGUUCUACGACAAGUUCGGACUCGAGACUGGCACCAAGGACUUCAUUGGCCAUGCCAUGGCCCUGUACCUCGAUGACAGCUACAUCUCUGCCCCCGGCCGCGCCCCCGAGGCCAUCGAGCGUAUCAAGCUGUAUGGUAACUCCGUCGCCAGAUACGGCAAGUCACCUUACAUCUACCCGCUCUACGGCCUCGGCGAGCUGCCUCAGGGUUUCGCCCGUCUCUCAGCCAUCUACGGUGGUACCUACAUGCUCAACACACAAGUUGAUGAGAUCAUCUACGAGGGUGGCAAGGCGACCGGUAUCAAGGCCACCAUGUCUGGUAUUGAGCCGGAGAUGAAGUUUGAGACCAAGGCCAAGAUGAUCCUCGGUGACCCUUCGUACUUCCCCGACAAGGUCAAGGUCGUUGGCCACGUGCUCCGUGCCAUCUGUGUGCUCAAGCACCCUCUGGCCGGCACCAACGACAGCGACUCGGCCCAGCUGAUCAUUCCCCAGUCCCAAGUCGGACGCAAGAACGAUAUCUACAUCGCCUGCGUUUCCUCCGCCCACAACGUCUGCCCUAAGGGCUACUACAUCGCCAUUGUGUCCACAAUUGCAGAGACCUCGGCCAACCACCACCUCGAGCUCCAGCCUGGCUUGGACCGCCUCGGCAAGAUUGAGGAGCAGUUCAUGGGCGCUCCCAUCCCUCUCUACGAGCCCGUCGACUCCGGCAAGACCGACAACAUCUUCAUCUCCAAGAGCUACGACGCCACCUCGCACUUUGAGACCACCACUGAUGAUGUCAAGGACAUCUACCUGCGCGCCACCGGCGAGGAGCUCAAGGUUGAUGGCUUGAGGGGAGUGGAGAUGGCCGAGCAGUAAAUGUGCUGGGCGCGGAGCGUCGGAGGGAGAUAGCUUGCACUCUUUUAUGGACAGGAACUCUCUUGAGUGAUGGACUGAAUCGUACUAUAAUCCAAGGACACACAAAGGAUAGCUGUAAGCCCGGAAGAGCAUCUUUAAACAUGA